CAUCAAGUCCCGACGCCAUUUUACGCCAGAGGCCGCGACCAGGGAGACGGCUCAAGAAUUAAGGUUGUGCCCUCAAUUUUGAAAGACCUGGAAGGAUCCUGCCAUCUCCCAGCUGGAUAGCUUUUUCUUUUUUUCCUCAAAAACCAGACCAUUACAGAGUUCUUCAGACCAGUUUUAAAACAAGACCUUGGCCAUAGAGACAGAACUGUAUUGUGCUCACCGGACAGUGGAAAUGUAAAAGAUGCAGCUUUGUGUGCUGAGCAUUUUGAAAAGAAAGUGUCUUCUCCAAAGAAGGUCAGAAGAAAAAAAAUGCCAGACCGAACACGAAACACAAGUCCUGUGUUAGAUGCCUUUCGGAGGAGAGUUAAAGAGAAAAAAGACAGUGCAAACGUUUCAGAGGAUGGCAGAGCAUGCAAGGCACUGGGUUCAUUGUACCCAAAAGUUGUGAUUAAAAAACUCCCUGUUAAUCCAGGGUCUCAAAACAGCUGUUUCUUGGUGAAAAAGGAUAAAACUGUCAAGUUGGAUCAGGGAAGAAAUGAGAAGUGUCUAGGAGUAACAAGAGCACCAUUGUCUUGUGGAAAUUGUUGGGAACAGAAAACUGACUGUAUGGAUCUCGAAGACACAGAUUCAGACUCUGACAAACGGGUUUCUUCAUCAGAAGCUGAUACUCAAGCCUGUGAUAGAAACAGUGGCACUGUGAACAACACAGCUCUGCGCCAAGCCCCAGGGCUUCCCAGGAAACUGCCCUGCACACCAACUGACUCUGAAUUCACGAUGUCACUGGGAGCUCUCUGCAUAGAAAGGAAGUCAUUCUCAGGAACAAGCGUAUCACAUCAGGGAAAUGGAUUUCCUUUAAGAAAAAUACUGCAUUCUGGUUCAAGGAAGAUUGCCUCAGGUAGAAGCAGUGUUGGUAAUAUGGACUUAAUGCAACAAUCAGAUGACCCAUCUCAACCAAAGCCAAAGCGGGUUUACAAACAUGAGGCAUCUUCUUCAAAUGCACUGAGAACAUCAUCUGAGAUGGCUGCUGGUGUGCAGAAGACCCAGUCUGUUCCUUCAUGCUGCCUUAGAACUAAGAUGUCUUCUGGGCGAUCAAAACAAAUAGACUUUCCUGGGAAAAGAAAACUUGCUGCCAUGAGUGUGGAUGCAGACAGUUCAAAUCAAUCUGAAGUAUCAAGUUUGAAUGAACCUGCUUUUAGUAGAUCACCGGCAAAAUGCAAAAAUAGGAAGUGUCACUUUGUAAAAAAUAUCCUUUUAAAGUCUACUUGUGGUGGUGUUCUGCAACUGAUGGAGGCUGCUGCUCUACCUAGACAUGAUUCUUCUCUCCCAGAGGAAUACCUCAACUCAAGCCAUGAAAAUGAGAAAAAUAACUGCUCCUCUGUUGGUUUGUCAUCUUCAUAUUCUGCACACAGUCCCGGUAAGAAUAACCACAUUUCAGUUGUGGAUACCAAAGAGAAUCAAUUACAGGUGGCUAACUCAUGCUUUUUCUUGGAAAAGUCCCCUCCUUUUUCUCAGGAAAAAAGUGCUGUGUUGCCUUCUCUUCAUCACUUAACACAUACAAAAGGGAUGAAAUCUCAUCCCCAGAGCACUGGCUUAUCUCAGGUAUUGGAUGCUAAGAAAGAGCAAGAUGGGAAAAGAACAGAAAGAUGUGCUUACAGUAUUCAAUCCAACAACAGGUUUUCACAAACAAAAGAUGAGACUUCUGAAAGUGCUUCUGGUUCAGUGGAAGGAUCUAGGAAACUGGCACUCUCCAAAGGUACUGGUAAAAGUGUUCCCCGUUCGUUGUCUUUUAAGGAAGGGCGCAUGGACAGUGGCUCUACAUCUUCACAACCCCCGAGGGAUUUGAAAGUUGAAAGCACCUGUAAGUCCAAGUCCAAGCUGAGUGGAAAAUCCAAAAGCAGCUUUGACAGCGAAGAUGAAAGUUUGGAAUGCAAUCUAGAUGAUGAUGAUGAUGAUGAAGUACUUGUGCCACUGCAAGAAAUCCUCUUUUCAAGUUCCAAGCCACAGGCAGGUAACCCGGAAGAAUCUUCUGACAGUCUUUCUCCCGUCAAUACGAGUCCAUUACUGAAGCUUCAUUUGUCUCAGCCUCCUGUUGUUAGCCAGGUGUCAUAUGUGAACAGCCUAGAAUACCUCUUGAAGGAGAAAGAAGAAUCAAAAAGGAUAGAUGAACUAGAAAAGCGGUUACAGGAAGACCUACAAGGAAAGGAAGCUGGUUCUUCAGAUGGAGAAGAUGAGGAGAAUGCCACUGGAGAUGAAGAUCUCUCAGAAGAACACAGGGCAUUUAUAAAGAGGUUUUCAGUAGUAACUCAUGCCAUACCUGACUACCACCCUGGAGAAGAUAUAUUUGAUUUAUCAGCCUCUGGGAAAAUCUUCAGUCAACAUGACCUGGACUUCAGGAAUUUUCACUUCAUCCCUCAAAAUCCUAUAGAAAAGCUACUUUUUAAUUCCAGUGUAAGACAGCAACUUUCUUUAGUUAUUAAUGGUUUUCUAAGUUCUGCUUACAGUUGUAUCCUGUGUCCCAUACCAAUUCUGAAGUGGCUUUUCCAGGUGAUGUCUGUUCAUCCUGACUGUUGUGUUUCCACACAGAUUUUAGACAGAUUGAUGGAGAUAACACUAAAAAAUGCUUCCAUCAGUGAUGAACAGUCUAAACCAUGGAUUCCUUCACUAGCCGAUGUGUCAGCUAUUUUUAUCAAUAUGGGUGUUGCAUUUAGAUCUCUCUUUCCAUUGCAGCAGCUUCAGCCCAACUUUAACGAGUAUGAUAUUUUAAGUCAGGUGCAAGAAACAAUGAGUAAACACCAGCCAGGAGGAGAGCUAACCUCUGCCAGUCCAGCCUUUUCCAGUCUACCAGAGGACAAUUUAAUCAAUGUGAUUAAGUUUCUAGGUUUCUGUACAACAGUAAUUCAAGGUGGAUAUACUGAUCAAGAAAUAAUGCUGCUGCUUCUAUUGCUAUUUAAAAUAAGCUUGGAGAAACAGUUAAAGCGUAUUCCUUUGAUAGAUUUUCAGUGCCUUUUCCUGAAGCUUCUGAUAAGAAUAGAAGACUGGGAUACAAAGAUGCCUGAGCUCUGCCUGGCUCUGAGUGAACUCUCCAAUCAUCAGCAUAAUCUCCUGUGGCUGGUUCAGCUGGUGCCUAGCUGGGUAACACGUGGACGGGAAUUAAGAAGACGUCUUAGCCUGGUGAUUAUUUCAAAGCUUCUCAAAAAGGAUGUAGAAAUACCUGAGGACAGUGACGAGCAGAUGUCUCUUCUGCUUCAGUUUCUUGUGUACAUGAAACCUUCUAAUCUACUAACGAAGAUGAGGGAAAGACUGGAGCAGCAGGAUGCUGAUGGAAACCACUGUCAUGCAGAACUAGAACAGGAGGCAUACUACCUAAUCUACAUCCUCCUUCAUCUAGUCAGUGAAGCUAGUAUCUUUGAUCGUGUAAAUUCUAAUCAAAGGCAACACUUACUGAAGCUUUGUGGUGCCUUAGAUAAGCACAUAAAAUGCGAUAUUAGGGAAGAUGCAAGGCUGUUUUAUCGAACUAAGGUGAAAGACUUGGUUGCCAGGAUAUAUGGCAAAUGGCAAGAUGUGAUACAAACCACUCGGCCUACUCAGGGAAAACUGCAUGAUUUCUGGGAGCCAGAUUCAUGAAAUCUUGCCUAGUUCAGGGAAAAACUAACAGAAAAACUCUUAAAACAAGGAAGAUAAAGAAUGAAUGGAGCUUCACCUUGAUCAGAACAGAAGAAAUCAGUCACCUGAGUUGGAACCGUGAGCUUGAUACAGGCAAAUACUAGAAACACAAGGAUCUGAUUUGAUUAACAUUGCUUUUCCUACAAAUACACCAUUUCUGAAAAAUUGAAGUGGGUAAACGGAAAGAAAAAAUCAGUUGUUUGUUGGGGUUUUGGGGUUGGUUUUGGUUUUGUUUGUUUGUUUUUUUUAUAGAUAAAACCCCCCACCCAACCCCAAACAACAAACCCAACCAGCUCUUUCUGUAGCCCUGUCUGAAUUAGCUAGAUAAAUUUUAUCCUAUUUAAAAACUGAGGAAAGUUUUCUCAUUUCUGUUGUUAAUCACAAGGCAUACUCUAAGCUGUAUGACUUAGUUUUCUUGCCAGCACACACCAUCAAACAUCCAUUUAGGAUGGCUGGGAAAGAAUCACCCCAUGACAAGGAAUGCGAGUUCAGAAACAGUGUUAGGCCUCCCAUGUUGUGAGCAGGUUAGGAAGUGGUUCGGAACUGGGCUGGAUAAACAGCAUUGCAUGCACAUGUUACUCUGCAAAGCAGAAUUGGUAUGAGCAUCCAGUGCUUCUAAAAAACUACAAAAUACAGCAGCUGCAUGUAAACAAGUGACUGCUCUUUUUAUUCACUUGAGGGUAGAAGCAGACCUUAAGAGUGGUUGUGCCCAAACAGGUUAAGUGGAUGCUUCUUUGCUCUGUGGUUGUGUUUUAUCAAAUAACAAAAUGGAAUUUGUUAUGUUAGUGAUACAUUAAUUUAACUUUCUCAUCUUCAGGCAUUAAUUUAUUUAUGCAGUGAAUGUGACUGCAAGGGAAGUGUUUCUGUAAGACCAAGUUAUAGGUGAGAUCUUAUUACACCAAUAGUAUUGUACUGCUCUUUAUAAAAGAGUACGUUUGUUUCUUACAUACAAACAUACAUAUUUGUUAUCUGGCUUCAGCACUGUCCUAAAUGGAGAACAUACUAAUCCUACAAUCUCAGCUCAGUGGAGAUUUGGGGAGAUGAGCAUUUGGUCCACCUAUGUGAAAACUGUGCUAGCCACAGGAGGUCUGAAUUCCUUUGUGUGAAGUCCUGCUGCACACACAGUGUGUGCACAAAGCUCCAAGAGCUGUUUGUGAAGUAGUCAGGUGGUGAUCUCCUUUUGUGCUCUCCGUGCAAAUGCCAUCGCUUAAAUCUUACUCUGUGGUUUGUCUGUAGGAUCUGUGUAUGUAUGAAGAGAAAGUUAAGGUAUUGGGUAGAAGCACCAACUGAGAUUCCCUCAAGUGAGAUUUUUAACAAUAUCAACAUGUGCGUUUUAUAAUACUGUUUCCUUUUAAGUUUUGUAGAUUGUUCUCUCUUGUAUCAUAAAUCCCCUACAACUUUCCAGGAUUAGAAUGUAUAAUAAGACUAAAAAACUCCCCAAAACACCACCAACCUUCACAUUUAAGUAUGUAUAUUACCUGUAAAGGAACUGCUAUGGAAUGGACACGUCUUUCGGAAAGGUAUUUUAGUUGCGAAUUCAUGCUAAAUGUUUUGUCUUUCAUUUCAAGUGUUAGAGUUAGCCUAAGACUGCAGCUUCUCUGUGCCCUUCACAGGAUAAUCAGCUUAGCUUUGUUCAAACAGAAGUUAUGCUCGUGGCAUUGUUGGGAGGGAGUGGAGAGGAAGAAAAUCCCUUUUUUAAAAAUCUCAACAUGUUAUUUAAGAAUUGGAAGAAUCUACCUCAAAGGGUAUCUUUGUUUGGCAAUAGAACUGCUUUAGGCUAAACAGAAUUACUCUGUGUUGUAUAGAAAUAGCAACAUCAUCCUUUGCUCCUCCGCCUGUCUUUGAUAGUGUGUCAGCCUUCCUUCUGAUAGCAGUUGCUUACUCUGUUUAAUAUAUUGUAUGUAAUUUUCUUAAUGUUUAUAUUUUUUUCCUCACUAAUGGUGUAUAAAUUGCAGAGUAAGUUUACUUAUGUAUGUAGUGUGUAUAUAUUUUCUUACCCUGUAAAGUUGAAGUUGCUGUCUUGUAUAUUUUGGAGAAGGAAAGGGGAGGGGUUUAGAUUAACAGCUUUUGUAUUGCAGGUUCAAAGCACAUUGAAACUGCUGAGGUCUUUUUCCAGAUAAAUUAACCACUUUGAUAUUUCCUUUUAUUUAACACAACGACAUAAAGAACCAGACAUGCUUUUCUAGUUACGUGUCCCUGGAUACAAUGGGCACGCCUCAGCUCUGUUUCACAAGAAAUGGCUGCAGGGCCUAUUUUGGUCUUACGGCACACGUUGUAAUUCUUAAGUUCACAGCUGAUUAGCUUACUAUAAAUGGAGUAAGUCUUGAAAUCGUUCUUGGCUCAGCCAGUCCUGUGUUUUCAUGCUUAAUGCCUGUGUAUACAUUCUGCCAUUUUUCCUGUCUCCCCCUCCUGCUUUGUCGGGACUUCUCCUCCAUCUGUUUUGUAGCUGUAGUAAUUCCCCAGUUGCUUUAGUCUAGACAUGGGUUAAAUUGGAGUUCAUGGUAGCCUUGCAGAGAUGAUCCCAAAGCAUUGCUGCAGAGCCUUUACAAGGGACUGCUGAGCUGAGACCUGCUUCAGGACAUCGGGAAACGAAAUGGCAAACCUGCUGCCCAUUGUGUUUUGCCAGAUCAUUUACUGGCCCCCAGCCAGACGUUACAUGUGUUGGAAAAGGCUGUUUGCACAGUAAAUGUCUUAACUGCUUUGGUUGUCUUCAGAUAAGCAUUUUGCACUGAGGUUUAUCUUUUGAUGUUAUGUUGGCUGUAUUAAGAGCCAUGUUAUCUCAUUUCAUGUGAAAUUAGGUGCACUUUAUUGCAGUCAUCACAGGCAAAAAAUUAAAGGCUGACUAUAAAAUGUA